AUGUGGCAGGAAUUUCAGGCCUGGCUCAGUACAGCGGAAGCACUGCGAUUUGACCUUAUUCUCCUUCAGGAGACUCACUGGACGAGCUGGUCAGACUUCACCUCAGGUAAGUGGCACUGUGUUGGCACACCCAUUGCUGAUAAAGACAAAUGCUCAGGACUAGCGACACUUGUGCAUUCGAGGCUGGGCCCCUCCGAAGCUAUACAGUGCAAGACGUAUUUGAAGGGACGGGUCCAUCACACCAGGAUCCACCAGCAAUUCGGCGCAAUAGACGUGAUAAACGUCUAUCAGCACGUCUGGCGCAGCCACCACACCACGGCCCAGAACCAAGCAGCCAGGACCUCAGUGUAUCGUGCGAUUGGGCAAGCUUUAGGUUCCUGCCCCUUGCGACACACAUGCAUUCUAGGCGGGGACUUCAAUGCAGAGGUUCAUGAACUUACACCGCAUGUUGGCAGAGCUCUCCUGCAGAAGCGGGGGCAUGACGGAGACAAGGACGCAGGCGAAGGCCUGCCGGAGCUCCUGCAAACCCAUGGGCUCUGUCUCCUGAACACUUGGCACGGUAGGAAUAAGGCCACCAACCUUACAAGUGGGGCCCUUAGCCAAAUUGAUUUCGUUGCCGUUCGAGUACAAUGGGCUGAUCGACUGGCCAAGCAGAGCGACUCUCUACCAGCAUGCCCCGUCGGAGCCUGGAAAGCCAACCGGCACUUCCCCGUACAGGCCUCCAUCAAACUGGUGUCACCUUGGCACCUGAUUCGGCAGCCGAAGCCAGCCGGUGCAAUGAUUGACAAAGCUGCCAUGCAAGACUCGAUCGCUAGGCAGGACACCCAGGCCCAACAACUCCGAUCUCAGGUUGCACACGACCUGUCUCAAAUCCCAGACGCAUUGAGCCCCGGUGAGCUUACAGUCAAGGUAGACAGUAUCCUGAUUCGGAGAGCUGAACAGAUGUACCCAGCCCGAGGCAGGGAAGACCGACGAGUAAGCCAAGACCCCCAAUUUACUCUUUUAACCAAAGAGCUAUGGAGUCUUUACAGGUCGUAUCGGUCCAUAGGCAGAUGCAAUAGGCAAAACAUCCUUCGAAAAUGGCGGUUGUGGACCCAGUUUAAGCGAGCAUCCAAACAGCUGCGAGACCAAGCCAAGAAGAUCAAACGACAGAAGAUCCAAGACAUCAUGGGUGAACUGGAGCAGGCGGCCAGGCGAGGGGACCAAGGAAGCACCUAUGCGGCCGUUCGUAGACUGGCCCCCUGGAAGCCAGUGGCUAAGCCCAGCAUCCGUGGGCCGUCGGGCGAGCUCCUCACGCCAACACUCCAGUUACAGGCUCUAACGGUGUACGCCCAGGACAAAUUUUGCAAGGGCACCGACUACCGUCCGACAGGUGUGCUCCUGGAGGGUCUAGCCAUCACGAGUGAUCAACUUCAGUCUGCCCUUCGCAGGUUGCCGAUUCGGAAGGCAGCGCCGCCGGGAGCGGCACCGUCUGCAUUAUGGAAAAACAGCGCCGAGGACCUUGCUGAGACCUUCUUUUGCCCGGUCACCCACAUGUGGAGCUCAGGUCAAACUGGAAGUGCACCCUCCAUCUGGAAAGACGCCAAUAUGGUCUGGAUGCCGAAGCCCAAUAAGGAUCCCAGCCUGCUAGCCAAUCUUAGACCCAUUGGGUUGGUACACCCCAUGGGCAAAUCCAUCUGCACCCUGCUUAGGUCCCGACUGCUGCCCGUCCUCACACAGGCAUUGAUUACACGCCCGCAGUUUGCGUAUGCCAAAGGUAGAUCCACUUUGGACGCCUUGUUGCGAGCACAUGGGCACCUCACUCGGACAAGCCAGGAGAUCGAAGCUCAGCGUACAUCCAUUUAUGCAAGACAUUCCGGCCAGGAGCCCAAAUCUUGUUUUGGCGGCAUUUGCUUCAGCUUAGAUCUCAAAGGUGCUUUUGAUGCGGUUCCGAGACACAGGUUGGCCGAGAGUCUGUUCAGACUGCAGGUGGAGCCGGAUCUAGUACAUCUCAUCAUGCAACAACUGCACCAGUCACAGUGUUGGACAAGGAUCGGAGCCGAUAUCCGGCCCGUAAUGCCCACCCAAGGCAUAAAGCAAGGUUGCAACAUUGCACCCUAUUUGUUCAUUGCGUAUACCAUCCUGCUCAUUGAUAGAAUCGGUGAAAGCACACCAAACGGAUGGACGGAGGAUGGACUCACCUGGUACGCGGACGAUGCCUUUGCCGCCUGGAAAAUCCAAGAUGCUGCCAGCCUUCGCCAGGCACUAGGGGACAUCCAGCUUAUUAUUACAGUCCUUGAGGCACACGGCAUGGCGAUCGAACCAAGCAAAUGUGCUGUGCUGUACAACCUGCAAGGCCAUGAAGUCAAGAAAAUCCUCAGGCAUGCUAAGGUGAGACGCCAAGAGCAAACUUACCUGCUGGCCCGGGAGUCUCCUGAAACAUUGGUGCCGAUCAAGAAACACCAUGAAUACUUAGGCACGAUCCUGGCCUACAGGGACCCACAGACACUUACCUUGCAACAUCGGCUCAGCAAGGCCCGGGGACAGUAUGCAUUGCUGCGGAAAACACUUCAUGCCAAGAGGCUUGUCACACGCAAACACCGUUACCGCAUUUGGAAGGCAGGAGUCCAGGCCAGCGCAUGCUACGGGUUACUAGCCACCGGCCUCACCGUCACAGGCCGUACGCAACUUCUCGCCAUGUCGGCAAGGCAGCUUCGCUCAAUAGCAGGUCGCCCAGCACAUCUAACGCAUGAAUCCAAUGCUGAGAUUAGGAAAUUGUUCGAUUGUGUCGAGUGGACCGAAGAUCUGCUCACGUUGGCUAAGAACCGGCUCGCCGAACUUCGCACACUGCAGGCGACACAACCUGAGAACAUUGUUGCCAGGCCCCAGGCACUGCAACAGCUGACACAUGCUAUGGAAACCUUCCAGCAGGUGAUUCCGAUCGAGCGGCCCAAGCAGGACGGCGUGGAGGGAAUAGGAUGCAAGCACAAGUUCCAGAGUUGGCAAGCACUAAAGACCCACAUUGCAAAAGGUCAAUGCCACCAGCAGGGAGAGAACAACCCGGAGCCGAGUACCGGCCCUGCACUGCCUGUGGCCCCCCCUCCGGUUAACAUCACCCCGGCAGCCCAGGCCACGGAGGAGCAGCCACGAUUGCCACCGCAUCGAAAUCUUAAAGUCGCGGCCUUGAUUCGUGACCAAGGGUGGGAAGUCCUGGUGAACAGCGAGCAUGCAGAGGACUUAAAACAGCACUGCUGCAUUUGUGCCAGAUGGAUGGUUGACACAACGUCCAUCAAACGACACAUGCGAUACUCCCAUCCUGAAAUUUGGAAGCAGGAACAGAUCCAGAUGUUCGGCUACCUGCUGCCGGGCCUGAGCGAGUCCAACAAGAGACCUCCAGCCACGCCGCAACAGCAGAACAACAAGGGAGACGAGUCCGGCAAAGACGGGGGCAAGAGACGACGCGCACGCCGAGGACAGGGGGGACAGGGGAGCCGAAACUCGGCCCCAGCAGAGGCACUGACGAAGGAUGGCGGCAGGCUCCUCAAUCUGAUCUCGCGCAUCCUGCUCCAGCACGAGGACAGCAUCAACGCCGCAAAGAUGGAUCGGGGCUUCACGGUCUUCAUGGCCCAGACGGGACCGGCAGGACUACUCACCAGCCUCUACAAAGCAAGCAUCGCCUGGAACCAGAUCAAGGACAACGAGCCGGCGAAGAUCACGCAACCGCUACGGAUCACACUGCUAACCCUGAUGAUCGCGGAGCUCAAGGUACGCCUCCAGAAUCUGGAAAAGAAACAGGAAGCCAAGCAACUGGCCAUCAGCGCAGGAUGGCUCGACCAGCAAGACCGGCUUCUGUACCAAAAGUGGGACGCAGAGAAUGCAAAGCUGGUACCUCAUCCCACGAUGCCGGGUCUCCUGACCUCUCUCUCUGUGCGGUAUGCCCAAACCACGUCCGAACACAGCAGAGGCUGA